AAAAGCUUGCCCAUCAUCAUCAUUGGUAUUGACUACUCAUCUCAAACAAAGAGGCUUGCCACCUUGGACUUCAUAUUUUGUAAAGUACAGUGACAUUACCAGUGAUCAGAGAGGACUGUCACAUUUCAACUGGAAGGUAUCCCCUGCAUUGCGUAUGGCGUUGGAGCAUUCUUCCUGAUUCGCUGUGAAGAAAAAAUAUGUACUCCAGAAGGAACUGUAACAAUUUACUUUCUGUAUGAAGAGGAUCGUGGGGCCAUGCACUGAAAUUUUCAUAAAUAUGUCAAGUUCAGUUUAGUUGAUUUAAGGAAUGCAAGAAAGAUGCAGAAGAUAAUUUCAUAUGGUCCUGAAGCAUGGAAUUUGCUUCAGGGUGUGUUUUGUGUGUACAAACCAUUUGAUAUGACCAUGUCGCACUUGAGAAAAGUCAUUAUAGGAAAGCUGACACAGGAUCUAAACAUGCUUGAGCCUCGACCUGCACUCCCUCACAUUGUAAUUGAAGGAAAUACAGCAGAAGAUCUUGUUGUGGUCAAGAAGGAAAACUAUGCUGACCACCCACUAGUUAUUGGUCCAAGGUACCAAGCUGAUGAUUAUAAGCUUUCCUAUGCAAUUCACUUGCAUAAAAACAUAUCAGGAGUUUGUCUUAUGGGUGUGAACAGAGGAACCAAGGGAACUCAUAUAGCCAGAGCAGGUCGCCUUAUAAGAUCUUACAGCCUUGGAGGACGACUUGGCAUGGCUACAGAUACAGGCUAUUUUGAUGCCAAAGUUGUUGCCAAGUCUACGUAUCAUCACGUCACUAAAGCAAAACUCCUAAAGACACUAAUGCACAUUCAAGGAGGUUUUCAGCAAAGUGCAUUUCACUUCUUAGGACUAGAUCCUCAAUCACAGGCUGCUUAUGAAGCUAUGUCAGCUGAAGGCCUUGUGAGACCAGGUGAGAAAUCACCACCACUGGUUUACAACAUCAAGCUUGUAGAAUUCAACUCUCCUGAUUUUACAAUUGAAGUGUCAUGCAUUAAUGAGAAUGGAGAGUUUCUUCAACAUCUUGUACAUAAGAUAGGACUUCAACUGAAAACUAAUGCAGUUUGCAUGCAAAUGCGUUGUGUAAGAUAUGGCCCCUGGACCUUGCAGCAUGCCUUGCUGCGUAAACAUUGGACUUUGAAGCAUAUCAUUGACAAUGUCAGUGUUUGUAAUCCACUCAUCAAAAAUAUUACACCUAAAUCACCAAGCUUACAACAUAUGGGCAGUGAAAGUUUGGAUAACAGUUUUCCCAGGUAGUACUCUGUAGUAGCCCAUUUUGUUUACUAAUGUACAUAAUAAAGAUGUUUUAAUGCAGUACUUUUCUUCUGUCAAAGGUGGGAUUUAAUAUUGUGUGAUUACAAAGUUAUACGUCUUGACUUGGUUUGGAGGAAAAUAAAUUGUAACAUAACUCAUA